AAUAUAAUGUCAUAGUAACUUUGAGACACUUCCAUUGUAAUAGCAUUUUGUUUUCAGUUGUGUUUUAAUUAACUUGCUAAUAAGGGAUUUGUGCGUCAACGUCUACAACACAAUAAAAAUGACGAAACGAAGGUAAUUGAAUUUAUUAUUAAGAAAAUGUAGGCGAACAGACCUGCAUUGUUUUGGCAUACGGUAGCGAGAACAACUAAGAAAUUUUCUUUCAAAAUCAAAGGAAAAUUGAUGGCGUACCUCCGACUAAACCAGAAGUGAUCGUUCAGCAAAAUCGCGGUAUACAAAAGGACACACUGAAAGCAAUGAUUGCAAAUAACAACCCAUCCAUAAAACUACAAAAAAUACCGGGCAAUUCGGCCAGCAACAUGAAAUUGAUAUUAGUGAAAGAUGUACAGCAGGACAUGUUUGUCUGUACGACAUGUUCGGAAUUAGAAUUUAUGGAUGACUGGGAAAGUCACCAAUGUAUUGAGGUACCAAUACAAGAAUUCGACGCAACAAUGACGGCGGUCGUGGCAACAUACUCAGACGAUGAGUUGUCUAAUGAAACGCCGCCAGUAACAACACAAAUCACUAAAAUCAAUUCUCGCGAUAUGGCAAUCAUAAAGGAGCAAUUGGCUUACUCGUUUGGUGAAAUGUUUCCGCUCGAUGGAUUUCACGAUAUGGGGUUCACGGCGAUGACGAAAUAUCUACUGAAUCUGGGCACCACGCAAGGAAAGAUAAAUGUCAGAGAUGUCUUGGGAAACCAAAUAACACUUGAAGAAGAACGAAAGUCACUAGUGGCUACGGUCAAGUCUACUUUAAAAAAGGUUGUGGCAGAAGAGAAGUUGGUUUUUUCUUGUGAUAUCUGGUCACAUCCACUUCAUUUGAGGCGAUGCGUUACGCUAUCCUCACACUAUAUAGAUGAAAAUUUUACUCUACAUCGGAAUGUGUUGGGAACACGAAUUUACAAUGAAAGUGAAUUCGAUGGCAGUAAUUUGGCUAACUACGUUACGGACAUAUUGGGCGAGUAUACAAAUACUCCGUCGUCGAUUUUAUCAAAUGCGACGAUUGUAACAAGCAAAACAGAUGAUUCGUUAAAAUCCUUCAAGAAUUAUGGUCGACUGAAUUGUAUGUGUAGCAUACUCAACGAAGUUGUUAACCAUUCAUUGUCACUACCGUGCUUUCAAACAGAACAUGUGUGCAAGGCAAUCAUAAUACGACUGGAGAGACAGCCUCCGAAUGAAAAGAAUAAAAGUGCCGUUGCUAAUUUACAACUGAACGACUGGUUUUCGAUCUGGCAUCUCUUCGAAGCUUAUCAGCAAUAUUUGGAGACCGCGACAACAUUCAAAAAUAUCAUAUCCGGCUACGAAAUUCUCUACAAAUUUUUGUCAGAAUCGCGGACUGCUUCAAAGUUACUCUCAUCCAACGGCGAAGCAACCAUAAGUACGGUUUACCUAAUAAAAAGGAAAUUGAUAGACGUGAUGCGUGGAUAUAAUACCGGAUCGUUUCGUUGGCCCGAAUACAAAGAUAAACUGACGUCGUAUGCGGAAAAUGUUUUCGAAAUAACUGACGUGCACCGAAUCACACUUUUCUUGGAUCCCAGAUACAAAUCGCUCAAAUUUCUAUCGAAAGAAGAAAGAGAAGCGCUGCACGAAACUGUUCGCGGGAUAAUCGGAGAAAUAUUCAUUCCAGACAAAAAUGUUAGAGCCUUAUUGAAAUUAGGUCAACAUGUGGCCUGGGUGGAUGCAAACGGUUUGGCCGAAGUGGACAAUUAUUUGAAUUUGACGAACAUUUCACCAGACACAAACGUUCUGGAAUUUUGGAAGUCGCGCACUGAUUUUCCGAAACUAAGAACAUUAGCCAAAGAGAUGCUGUGUAUUCCGGCAGUGUCGGCUGCAUGGGAAUGCUAUUUCAAUAAAGACAAAUUCAAUUUGUCGAGAAGACGUUUAGAUUUGAGUGUAAGCGAAAUCGAUACAACAUUGUUGUUGAACGGAUUUAGUUUUAGUGGGAUGUUUGAUGAAGAGCUUAAGACACUGUUUGAGGUCUAGUCAAGUUUUAAAUAAAUGUUUUUGAGUUA